AUGGCUAAGUUUAAUUGUUUGAGACCCCUUGUGUAUUCUGGAUCAUUUAUUAUGAGCUUAGGUAAUUUCCUUGCAUUAUUAAUUAACAAAAAUACGAAAUCAUGGCUUUUGAACCUUCUUUUGAUGCCCGCUAAUAUUGGCCAAGGUUUAGCUUAUCCGAGCAGUUUGUUCACAUUUAUUUUUGCUUACGGAACUUCCAACCAAGCUACUUCUACAUCUAUGGUGUAUUUAAUGAGAAGUAUUGGAGGUGUCUGGGGUGUUGCCGGAGUCUCUGCAAUCGUCCAAUUAGUUACUAACAAUAGAGUUUCCAAGGAUUUACACAAACUAGGAUUAUUAAGUAACGAUGAAAUCAAUAAAAUAUUAGAUGACUUGAAGAGAUCGACUGAGGCUGCAUUCGAUUUACCUGACAACAUAAGAUGGAUUGUACUCCAAGAUUAUGAAUCUGCAAUCAAGAUUGCUCAAGCUGUCUCAGCGGUUUGUUGCGCAAUUGCGUUUCUUUUAUUUCUUUUGAGUGAUAUUUUAAAAACUAAACCCACAACAGUAAUACAGUAA